GCCGCGCCGCGCCGAGUCGACAGGGGAUAAAAGCCCUUCUCCCGGCUCGGGGAGCCACAGAGUCCGCUCCGCCAGCCCUCCCGCCAGCCGUCCAGCUCCAGCCACCGCCGCCGCGACUCCCCGAGCUGAGCCCCAUGGCCCGCACCGCGCCCCGCGCUCCCCGGCUCCUCGGCGCCGCGCUGCUGCUCCUGCUCUUGGUCCCCGCCGCCCGGCGCGCCGCAGGGGCGCCCGUCGUCACCGAGUUGCGCUGCCAGUGCCUACAGACCGUGCAGGGCAUUCACCUCAAGAACAUCCAGAGCGUCAAGGUGACGCCGUCGGGCCCCCACUGCGCCCACACCGAAGUCAUAGCCACUCUCAAGAACGGACACGAAGCCUGUCUCAACCCCGAAGCCCCGAUGGUCAAGAGAAUCAUCGAAAAGAUGCUAAGCAAGGGCAGCAACAACUGAGCUAGAGAGAGAAGGCAGAAGUUCAUGGCUUACUGUGGCAGCCUCAGUGGAAUGGGAUAGAAAGAAAAGAAACCAAAGCCUCCAGGGACCAUCUGGACUGUGUUCAAUCUAUUUGACUGUUCCCUAUGAGUAUUCAUCUAUUUUCAACAUAUGUAUUUAUUUGUUUAUUUAUUUAUUUAUUUUUCAAAGCUAGCAUAGUAAUGUUCUAGCUAAUAUUUAAAGAUAUGAAUUUGGUAAUUUGCUGUACUAUUAUUUAAAGGUCACUUUAUGCUAAAGUUAGUUCAGUUCCUUUUAAUUUGUAAGUGAUGAGUCUUAAAUGUUCUUCAUUCAUUAAACUAUAUUAUGUGUUGGGGGGAGGGGAGGGGAAACCACGCCCUGUCAUUCCCUAUGAUAAAGGCUGGAGAUAAAUAGUUUGGGAUCCAAGCACACAGGUCACUGUUAAGGUUGUGGAAUGUAUGUGUGCAUUUAUUUUUGUACUGCUCAGAAGAAUGCCAAUUGUUAUUUAUUGAGAGAGUUUUACAGUACGUGGUCAACACUUCUGAUGUUGAAGUUUUGAAAACUCCACAAUGUUUUUAAAUAUCCCUUGGACAUUUUAUGUCUUCCUUGUAAGGCAUAAUGCCUUGUUUAGUGGUAAUUAUACAGUGUUUCUCUAUGUCUUGGAAUAGAGAAGUUUAAAUAUUUAUUGGUGUAUUUUUACAAAUUGUAUGAAAAUAAAGCUUUUUACAAAA